CGAAACGUCAAAGAAAAAAUAAGAAGAAGACAAAAAGAACAGAACAGGAGAAAAAGUGAAAAAACUUAAGCUGCUGCUGCUGCAACGGGAGAUAUUUAAAAUUUAAUAAAUAAAUAUAACUAAUAAGUCAACAACAAAUAACUACACACAGACAAAAUGAGUUUUGCGGAAAAGAUUACCAGUUUAAUGGCUAGGCCCAAUCAACAGCCUGGACCCACAGACGACCAGCCUUGGUAUUUUAAAUAUGGUGUGCGGUUUCUGGGUAUCACAGGAGCAUUCUUUUGUAUAUUAUUUGGUCUCUUCAAUGCUUUAAGUUUACUGCUCCUCAACGUUUCGUGUCUCAUUGGUGGUAUCAUUGAAAUCCUGCUGGGUUUUCUUGUGAUGAGUUUAGAGGCGCCAUGCUGCUUCUUUUGCAUAGAUUAUGUUGGGCAAUUGGCUGAUAUAGCCGAUUCGAGGCCCAUGUGGAAUCGGGCUGCCUUGUAUUGUGUGGCUUCUGUGAUUCCGGUGGUUAUUUGCUUCUCAUUGGGUAGCUUAUUCCCCUGUGCUUUGGUGUUUGCCACCGGUGUCAUCUAUGGCAUGAUGUCGUUGGGUAAAAAAGCCUCGGCUGCGGAAAUGAGACAGGCUGCAGUUAGUUCCGGUCUGGCGCCCACUACCACCCAACCGACAACAAAUGAUCGUGCUGGCAUCAUUAACAAUGCCCAACCGUUUUCCUUUACCGGAGCCGUGGGCACCGACAGUAAUGUGUGAUGUAAUUAAGUAAUGAGAAGAACAACCAAAUAAUCUACAGACACUCAUACAAGACAAGCCAAUACAUCUACAUAUUACAAAAAGAAAACAUACACACACACAUACACUAAUCUUAGGGAUGCCACAUAUAUUAAAUAUAUAUACACAUAUAUAUUUUGUCAGAGAGAAUAAAAGUCAUAUUUUUAAAAAUAAUAAAUUAAUAUUUCUAUAAGAAAAAAUAAAAAAUAACAACAAAUGGCAAAGACAACAAACAAUGUGCUGGAGGAAUGGUGAAUACAAGGACUGAACUUAUGGCCUACGUUAAGUGCAAGGACAAAAAGCAAAUAGGAAAUGGACGCAGGUCCUCCCCCUUAACGUGCGAUUUGAAGUCCGGAUGUGCUCUCCGCAAAAAAAAGGCGUAGAAAAAUUAAAUUUUGUAUUAUUUUUGUAUUUUAUUGGUUGCUAUAUUGUGUUUAUGUGAAAAAUUAUUUAUUACUUGCUCUUUACGGAGAUCAUCUUCCAAAUUCAAAAACGACUUGAAUUCAUUCCAAGAAAUUAAAAAAAAAAAAAAACAAAAAAUACCUUUAGGAAAUUUAAAUAUCUUCUCAAGCUUUAUUAAUAAAAAUCACUUGGUUUAAUUGUAAAAUACAUAAAUUUAUUUAUAAUUUCUUCUUAAUUGGCCUUUUUGUGUUAAAAAAAAAUUUAAAAAAAAGAAUAAACUAUCUCAUAAACAGAUUGUAAAAAAAUAUUGAUAACUAAUAAAAGACCUGUUAAUUAUUAAACAAAAAAAACUACACAAAUAUUACAAGCAAACCCCUAUAUCAUGUUUUUAAACAAACAAAAAAUCCAUAAAAGUUUAAAACUCAGCGUAAAGAAAUUCAAUAAACAAAAAGUUAAUAUUCAAAAAAUAAAACAAAAACUAUGUAUUAUUAAAAAAAUGCAAAUUUAUCUGUAUAUUAAAAAAUAAAUAUAUAUAGUGUAUUCUUUUAGCGCAGAAUGAAAAAAUUGUAAACAAAACCUAAAAAUUCAAAUCAAACAAGAUAAUUUAAUUGUAUGUUAAAUAUAUUAUUAUCUUAGCAAUUGUGUUAACUAAUUAUUUGCAAAAUAAUCUCCCGAAAAAAAUUCAAAUCAUUACAAAAUUCUUAAUCCCUUUAAUCGGUUCAAAAAACAAAUCCUAACAUUUAAUUUACAAUUUAUAAUAAUUACAUAUAUAUUUAUAAUUACAUAUAUACAUAAUUAAAUUAUACAAAACAAAAAAAAAAGAAAAACAAUUUAAAAAAAAUCCAAAAGCAUGAACGUUACAUUAUGCAUAUAAAUAAAAACAAAUUACAAAAUUAUAGUCUAAAAAAUAAUGUUUUAUUGCGAAGAAAAAAAAAAGAACCCCAACUCAUAAUGAAAAACUAAAUAAUGCAAAUAAAAUGUAUAAAAAUCUUUAAAGAAA